ACCGCGCGGUGCGUCGGCCGGGACAACACUGGCAUUGAGGGCCCGGGCGUCGGACAGUGCGACCUAGAGAGGAGCGAUCUACUAAGCCCGUGAUAUCCACAAAGCACCGAGACAAGAUGGAAAUCGCAGCCGUUCGUGAAGAAAUGAACUUUUUGCGCGAAGAAAUGAAGGCUCUGCGCGAAGAAAUGACCAAUCAACGUGAAGAGACGAAGGGAUGUAAGAGCGAGGUGACUAAUUUGAAGACGGAGAUGAAAAGACAAAAGGAGGAGAACACCGCACUGCAUAGUGAGGUGGUUCGCCUGCAGCAGGCAAUGGUCGAGGAGCGCUCCACUCGUCAGACCGUCGUGGAGGAGCUGCGGCAGGAGGUCCGCCGGCUUACAGCGCCAUUCGGCCGUCUGCAGGGGCUGGUGCCACGAGAGCAGGAGGAGGGCGUCGAGACGCAGGUGCCACUGGAUAGGGCUCAGGUGCACGAACUGGAGGACCGACUAAACCAGGCGCUGGUCGACCAGAAGAGGGCGGAGGAUGACCUGAAGGAAUCGCGCGCCACCAAUUCCGCCACGGAGACCAAGCUGCGCGAGACUGAAGCGCGCAAUGAGGACCUCCUGGAGCAGACCAACGCCUCACUGAAGAAGCGCUUGCACGAAAUGGAACGCACACUGGAUCACGAGCGGUCGUCGAGCAAGGACAAAGAUGAAGUGAUAAAGCGUCAACUGGAGGAGAUGCAACAGCAAAAGGAGAAGCAACAGGCUCUGAUGAACACCAAAGUGGCACUAGAUGCGGAGAUAUCUGCCUUUAACAAGCUGCUCGAGUCUAAGAAUACCAGCAUAAAGAAGCUAUGUUUCCCGCCGGGCCUGAGCGAGAAAUCGCUGACAAACAUCCUGCAGAAUUCCGAGGGUAUGGAGGAACUGACCGUGACUGCACCCUCCGACUCAACGGGGCAGUGGGUGCGACUACUUCCACCGUCCUUGCGGAAGCUGGACGUUUUCGGACCGGGGGAGACGGGGGAGUCGGUGACUGUGCCGAAGGAUAGACAGCUCGACCAUGGGCUGGAUGUCGUCAUAAAACAGGCGGGAGAAGACGUCAUCAACCAGCUGGCCUCGGAGCUGGGACAACGGGUUACCUCGCUGGCCAUGUUCAAUAAGUGGCGGUGUUACGGACAGGUUAUCGGCUGCCCGCGUGUCACUGCCGGGGCCCUACAGAGACUGCUGUCCGCCCUCACCGGCCUGGAAGACGUCACACUUAACGGCACUCUGUCCGGCGCCAUCACUGACGCCUCACUGGCCGCCCUCCACGGCUGCUCCCAGCUGCGUGUAAUGCAGCUGGGAGACAGCGUGUACCAAUGCACGGAUAUACCGGUCACAGCGGUCAGCAGACUGGCGGUUACCUGUCGGAAACUGGACUGGCUGUCUCUCCACGCAAAGCAAGAGCUCAGUCAGACGGUCCUGGACGGCCUGGUAGAGGCAGACCUGGGGAAGAGAGAUGACGGCAAGCCGAGAACACUGAGGUUCAACGUCCCAGGAGCCGUUUAUGACAAACUGAGCAAACCGUCUAAUACCGGCAACAUCAAGGUUGUGAGGGACGCCAAAUACUAGAUGGGAUUAUCAUUUAUAACGACUCGCCUACAGCGGUAUCAGCGGUGAUCAUUCUCAGCUUGUUCACCCUUGGAUUGGAAGGAUCCGAGAAUAUGACGGACAAAUGGGACGACAGCCGGCCGGGCUUUAUCACCAACUGGGAGCCAGUGAAGCUGCGCUCCCUCAGCACCGGGUGGACACGGUGGGGUCGAACAUAAUGCCGGCUUGUUCUUACUAUGCUGCUUUUGCUUAUAUGUUUUCUGUAUCAUAUAUGAUGAGAAACAAUUACGUAAUAGUUCGGUGAAAAUCAUUCAAAUGAUGUGAGCAAUUGUAGAGAUUGUGUGGCUUAGGGAAUAAAAAUAUGGAUAAGAUGCACAGUUAGAUGAUCGUCAAUGUUGCCUUAUCCAGUCCCGGCUUGUCGAAAUAUAGGUAUCAGCAACCUAAUUAUGGUACA